CGGCGGCGGCGGAGAAGGAUGGCGACGGGAGACUCGGAGCAGAUUCGCUACUGCGCGCGCUUCUCCUACUUGUGCCUCAAGUUCACUCUCAUCACCUACUCCACAGUGUUUUGGUUGCUAGGAGGAUUUGUCCUCGCUGUUGGUAUUUAUGCAGAAGUUGAAAGACAGAAAUACAAGACCCUUGAAAGUGCCUUUUUAGCUCCAGCAAUUAUUCUAAUACUCCUGGGCAUUAUAAUGUUUCUUGUUUCAUUUGUGGGUGUAUUGGCUUCCUUAAGGGACAACUUAUGCCUUCUUCAAGCUUUCAUGUACAUCUUGGGCAUUUGUCUGCUGAUUGAAUUAAUUGGUGGAGUUAUAGCCUUGCUCUUCAGAAAUCAGACAAUUGACUUUUUAAAUGAAAACAUUGGAAAAGGAAUUGAGAAUUACUACGAUGACUUGGACUUCAAAAACAUAAUGGAUUUUGUUCAAAAGCAGUUUAAAUGCUGUGGUGGAAAAGAUUACACAGAUUGGGCUCAAAACCAGUACCAUAACUGCGCUGCACCAGGACCUCUAGCCUGUGGAGUCCCUUACACCUGUUGUGUCACAAAUAAGACAGCAGUUGUCAAUACCAUGUGUGGAUAUAAAACUAUCAGUGAAGAGCGUCUGAGCGUUCAACACAUUAUAUAUGUCAGAGGAUGCACCAACGCAGUGCUCAUUUGGUUCAUGGACAAUUAUGCCAUCAUGGCUGGUAUUCUGCUUGGCGUACUGUUUCCACAGUUCCUUGGAGUGCUGCUUUCUUUGCUUUACAUCACCCGUGUAGAGGAUAUAAUUACUGAACACAAGCUUGGCGAGUCACUACUUGAUGGAGGGCGACCAAAGACAGAUGUUGAAUUAACAGGAACAGGGUGCUGUAUGUGUUACCCUGAGUAAUGCUGUGCAAGGCGGAUAGAUGACUAACUCCCCUUUGUUAUUGUGCCUUGAAUGCCGUCAGAUUGUUAAAAACAUAUUGUGAGUUGUGUAAAGAAUAGUACUUAGCAAUCAGGCUUCCAUAAUUUAUUAAUAUUCAGUUUUUCAUCUCGAGCAUUCUUUUAGAGCAUCAAGGGAUCUUAUGCUGACAGAUUCCUUUUCAUUGUAAAAGAGUAAAACUAACCAAGGAGAAGAAUCUAUGACCAAUAAUUGCUGUAGUAAAACUUACCUAUACACAAGGGCUGUCUAACUUAACCUGAGUAAUGGGACUGCUAACAUGGUAAAAUCAUCUUUAUUUCUGGCCAUUUUCAGAGCAUGGUAAUUUACCAUCUGCAUUCACAGGACUGCCACAUUAGAAUGCGUUGUGAUCAUUCAAACUGGACCCAACUGUUCACUAGUGUUAGCAAAGAAUACUGGCUGCUGUGUUUUGUUGCUGGCUGGAUUCUGAUUUGUUUCCCCCUCUUCAGUUUACACUUGUCCUGCAUGUUUGCUUGUUUUUAAUGAUUGCCAAGGGCUUUGGGCUAUAUCAUUAGGCAGUUUUUUCCAAAGCCAUUGUAUGGUGUUUUCCACACAGGAGUAGACUUGCUACUGCAGUGGCCAAUAUAGCAUAGUGGUAACAGGACUUCUCCAUGGCAGACUUCCUUGUAGUUACCUUGUCUCAUUCCCUGGGCAGCAGCCACCUACCCACCUGUGACAAGGGCUUUUCCAGGUUUUUUUUUAAUUGGCAAUUACAUUUCAUUUUAUGUUAUUAUUAAAACAUUUAUGAUGUAUGUAUUAGGUACUUUGAAUUCUCAGUUUUCAUUUUUUUUUAAUCAGGAAGCCUCUAGUUCCUUUUGUUGCAAGGAUAUACCUUUCCCUUUAUAUCUCUGCAAUGAAAGAUAAUAGAUUUUUUUUUAAAGGGGACAAAAUCUAAGGUGGGUAUUCAGAAAAUCUGAUACACAGAUUGCUAUAUUGAUAUUCACUUGUUGAUUGAAAACAAACAAACAGUCAAAUGGAUGUGACUACGGAAAAUAGAUGCUGUGUGAAUAGCCAUCCAGGCCGUGUUGUAAUCUUUCUCUAAAUUUUGCAGCAAAAAAAAGUUUGGGGAAAAUUGGAGAAAAGCUGGGGUAAGUUUGUGAAGUGCACAGAUGCACCACAAUGCUUUGUGAAAGUAGGGAAAAAUGCUUCCCAAAAGCAUUGAACACAUGGCAAGUAACCCAUGCAGAAAAGGUCUCAAGUAAGAAUUAUUUUGCUGAAAUGUUCCUAUGUAAACAUAGUUGAAUUUGUGUGCUGUAUAAUACUGUAACAUUUUUGAAAUUGUGCCUUCCUGCAGAUUCUUAAUGAAGUAUCUUUAUAUAUUUCAAGGGAGUGAUUUCCUCUAUCUGUGCAAUCACGUUUUUAUGCUGCUUCUAAUGGUUUACUGAAAACACUUUUGGAGGCCUUGCUCUGGAGGCUUUUCUAAUACAAGCCACUCGCUGACUCAAAAAACAGCUUAACAAAUGCAUUUUUUUAAAAAAGCGUUUUGCCACUGUACAGAUUUUUGUAUGUUUUAUUUAGUAUUCCUGAUGAAUCUGAAUCUUGUAUUUUUCCUGACAGACUGGAAUUCUUGUGUAUCUCCCUGUGUUCACCGAGCACUUAAUUUUUAUAUGGAAAAUAAAUUUUAUGGUUUUGUAAAAAAAA